AUGGACUACGUUCAGCUUGGGGAUUCGGAUCUCGUCGUUUCUAAGGUUUGCAUGGGAACUAUGACUUUCGGUGAGCAAAAUACUCUAGAAGAAGGUGUGGAGCAGCUUACAAGGGCUUUUGAUGAAUUCGGUGUUAAUUUUUUGGACACUGCCGAAAUGUACCCGGUACCAACGAAAGCCACAACGCAAGGCGCCACCGACAAGGCGAUAAAAAUGUUUUUGCAAUCACGGAAGCGCGAAGACGUAAUUUUGGCCACAAAAGUAUGUGGUAGAUCCGAGCGCAUCAAGUGGUUGCCCCGACGAGAUUCGGAAACGCCGGCCGCUUUGACCAGGGAUCAGAUUCUCGAUUCGGUAGAUGCAUCUUUGGAACGACUUGGAACCGACUACAUUGAUCUUCUGCAGCUUCAUUGGCCAGGGGAUUUUAGACCGUCGCAGUACCAAGAUAAUCCCAAGCCAACAAGUUUUGAAGAGCAGCUUUCUGCCUUGCAGGAGCUUGUGACGACGGGAAAAGUUCGUUACGUAGGCGUUUCCAAUGAAUCUGCAUAUGGCGUGUGUUCCAUGGCUGCACUCACCAGGCAGUUUCCCGAGCUCUAUCCCAAAAUUGUAUCGAUUCAGAACAGUUUUUCGCUUGUCGUACGCAAAGACUUUGAGGCCGGUCUUGGUGAAGCCUGCUUCCAUCACAAUGUAGGACUCUUAGCAUAUUCACCUCUGGCAGCAGGUACGCUGAGUGGAAAGUACCGCAAAAAUGUUCCAAAAGGUGCUCGCUUGACACUCUUUCCUGGAUUUAUGGAACGAUAUUUGGGUUCUUCUAAUGAGGAAGCCGUGAACGCCUAUUGUGAUCUUGCAAAGAAGGCAGAUUUGACGCCGACACAACUUGCUCUAGGCUGGUGCUACCACAAUGAACUUGUAGCGAGCUCCAUUAUUGGUGCUACAACCAUGGACCAACUGGAAGAAAAUAUCCAAGCCUACGACGUCCGAUUAAGCGACGAUGUCAGUAAAGAGAUUGAAGCGAUUUACGCAAAGUACACGGACCCGACCAAGGCUCGCUAA